GCUGAUCACAGAUCAGAUUAACAGUCAGAUGUUCACUGUGAUUCCAAGUCAUCGCACACCUGCAGAAGAAGAGAAGGAGCAGCUGAUCUGAGAUCUGCAGCAGGAUGAAGAGCCGCCUGUCAUCUCUGGAGAUUCUCCUCAUCAUCAUUUCGUCACUUCUGCUCAUCUGUUGCAUCGGUUUGGCCGUGGUCUCAUCGCUGAGCCUGAAGCCCAAAGGUGCCACCGAGCCUGUGCAGCUGAUGGGUCGGAUGGUGAUCGUGGAGGGAGCCGUGUUCUCUGAAGAGCUGAAGAACUUCAGCAGCCCACAGUUCAAAUCUCUAGCCUUCGACGUGCAGCAGCUGGUCUCUGAGGCAUUCAGCGCCAGCGAGCUCCGGCAGCUGUACGAGUCGUGUUGGGUUCAGGACUUCAGUCGGGGCAGCGUGGUGGUGACCUUCUCCCUCCGGUUCAGUCAGCUGAUUGAUGUGAAGGAGGUGGAGCAGGUGCUGGGGGCAGGGCUUCAGAGGAUCGAAGGUGGAGUUUUGGUGAUUGACACAAAGACUAUCAGCAUCACAGAAUUAACUGCAUCUGGAACAACAUCUGCAGCAACAGCAUCUGCAGCUAUAACUGCAUCUCAAACAUCUGGAACAACAGUCUCUGCAGGGACCAGCAUCAACCCUACAGGAGUAACGUGUGGUCCUUAUCAAACUCCCUGUGCUGAUGAGAUGACGUGUAUUCUGACUAGUCAGCUAUGUGAUGGAGUGGACGACUGUCCCGAUGCCUCUGAUGAAACUGAUGCUCUCUGUGCAACAGCAUGUGAUGGACAGUUUGUUCUGAGGGGCCCAAUCGGGUUGUUUAGUUCAUCAAAGUCAGACAAAUACAACAGCAGCAGCUUCUGUCGCUGGAUCAUCAGGGUCGAUGACGGACUUUCAGUUCAGGUUACCUUCCCUCAGUUUGAAACUGAAGAAAACAGCGACACUCUGAGGCUUUAUGAAGGUGUGGGACCAAACAAAGUCCUCACAGCUCAGUUCUCAGGCUCCACCUCUCCUGGAAAUGUGUGGCUGCUGACCAACCAAUCAACUGUGGAGUUCACCUCUGAUGAUAUCAACAAUCUGUCAGGGUUUAUAGCCACGUACAGUGCCGCCAACACUUCCACACUGUCCAACGAGGACAAGCUCACCUGCACCUUCGAGCAGGGCAUGUGUUUCUGGAGGCAGCAGCAAGAUGAUAACGGGGACUGGUUUCGAAUCAGAGGCCCCACUUUCCCGAGUUUAACUGGCCCGAGUGUCGACCACACGCUUGGUAACAGCUCAGGUUUCUACAUUGUCACUUCUAAGAGUCCUGGCCAAUGGGAGAAGAGCUUCAGGCUCGACAGCCUCCCUCUGACUCCAUCCAUGCAGCCCAUGUGUCUGAGCUUCUGGUACCACAUGUUUGGACAGGAUGUCCACCAGCUCAGACUCUGGCUGCUGAUGGAAUCUGAUGUUACCGUGUUCCAGAAAGAUGGUGACUAUGGCGACACCUGGAACUAUGGCCAGGUGACCCUUAACCUGACAUCAGAGGCUAUGGUGGUGUUUGAAGCUCUGAAGAAAGGAGGGAUGUUGAAUGACAUUGCUCUGGAUGACAUCACACUGACCUCUGAUGCCUGUGGACCCGCCCCCCCUGAACCCACCAACGUACCACCUCCAACAACCACACCCCCCAUACCAGCUGACUGUGGAGGCCCGUUUGACCUCUGGGAGCCAAACUCUACGUUCAACACACCAAACUACCCAGAAUCCUAUGGGAAUGGGGCAGAGUGUCUGUGGACUCUGCAUGCUUUGGAAGGUCACAAUAUUCAGCUCCACUUCCUGGACUUUGAUAUUGAAGCAUCCAGUGAUAUGGUGGAAGUGCGGGAUGGGGCGGGGUCUAACUCCACCUUACUGGCUGUCCUCACAGGAAAUGGCCCCACCCAUGACUUGUUCUCAACAGCCAAUCAAGUUACAGUGUGGUUCUAUACAGACAGUUCAGUUUCUGGGAAAGGAUUCAGAGCCAACUUCACCUCUGGGGUCAACCUGGGGUCACCAGCUCCGUGUGCUGAUGGUCAGUUCCAGUGUCAGACAGGAAGUUGCAUCCAUGGUAACAAUCAGUGUGAUGGUGUGGUCGACUGUCCCGACGGCUCUGAUGAAGCCAAAUGUGUUAUGUUGCAGGUAAAUGGUUCCAGUCGGCUCCAGGUUCAAAUUGUCUCCUCUCUGUUCACGGUGUGCACUGACACCUGGAAUUCUCAACUGUCUAACUUCACCUGUCAGUACCUUGGAUACAGGUCCGGGGAGGCCUCGUUCCUGCAGGCUCGGCCACAAGACUCGCCAUUUGCUCUCAUCACAAUCAGCAGUGAUGGGACACUGAAAACCAACAUCAGUGAAACUUGCCACAGAGAGGAAGUGAUGUCACUGGCCUGUAAUAACCAGCCAUGUGGAGUCCGUCAGGUCACAAAUGUCUCAAGGGAGGCAGACCAAUCAGAACACGGGACACCUGGUGAUGAAGGUGCUGGCCGAGUGGUGGGCGGGGUUAAUGCUGAGGAGGGUGCAUGGCCAUGGAUAGUGUCUCUUCUUUGGAGGGGACAUCAUGCCUGCGGAGCAUCAGUGAUUGGCAGUGACUGGCUGCUGACUGCGGCUCACUGCGUUUAUGGGAAGAACGUUGACCUCCAAUCAUGGUCGGCGGUUCUCGGUCUUCACGCUCAGAAUGAUCAAACCUCAGAGGCUGUUCAGACCAGACAAGUCGAUCGCAUCGUCUUCAACGAGCAGUACAACAGACGGACCAAACAGGCCGACAUCGCCAUGAUGCAUCUGCAGCAGCCAAUCAACUUCACCCAGUGGGUCCAGCCGGUGUGUUUACCACCUGAAGGUCAGAAUUUCACAGCAGGAAGAAAAUGUUUCAUCGCUGGCUGGGGACGAGACACUGACGGUUCUCUCCCCAAUGUUCUCCAGGAAGCCAAGAUUCCACUGGUGGAUCAGAAUCUGUGUCAGCAGCAGUUACCGGAGUACACCAUCACCUCCAGCAUGCUCUGCGCCGGAUACCCAGAGGGAGGGGUCGACUCCUGUCAGGGCGACUCUGGUGGUCCUCUGAUGUGUCUGGAUGAUGGAAGCUGGACUCUGAUUGGUGUGACCUCAUUUGGUGCAGGCUGUGGACUUCCUCAGAAACCCGGAGUCUACGCUAGAGUCUCGGCCUUCACUUCCUGGAUCGCUCAAACCCGACGUUCCUCCUCUUCAUCACACUUUAAAGAUCCACUGUGACCUUCCACGUGUUCCGAUUAUAAAAGAGUCACAUGACACACUAACGGUGUCAGCUGACUAGAUGGAAACACAUUUCCAAAGAGAAAUCAAUCAAGUUUGAUUGUUUCAAAUAAAAAUCUGAUUAAUCAAGUCUAUGAAAUAAAGAUUUUAUUCUAAAACUUUCAUUAUGGUGUAAUAUCAAAAUCUGUCAGCAGGUGGCAGCAGAACACAGUGACCAAAAAGAUGCCUUCAGCUCUUUAUGUUUAUCAGUAACAACAAGAACAGAAAUGUGUUGAAUGUAGAGAAAAUAUCAAACCUGUGAUUCUAAAAUCUCUUCUCUUUUUGUAUCAGUCUAAACAAAAUAAAUGAAAUUCAACAAACUGA